GAGCAUCCCUUGGUUGCCACGACGCUCAUGAAUAUGGGCUCGGUGGCAAAUAGCCAAGGGCGCUUGGACGAGGCACUCGCCUUCUAUCAAGAGUCACUCGAUAUCUAUGUCAAGAUCUAUGGAACCCGCGAGCAUCCCGAUGUUGCUUCAGUCCUCAACAACAUGGGUGCAGUGGUAAGAUCCCAAGGACACCUGGAUGAGGUCUUUGCUUUAUACCAAGAGUCCAUCGAUAUCAUGGUCAAGGUCUACGGUACCCGCGAGCAUCCCGAUGUUGCCACGGCCCUCAACAACAUGGGUAGUGUAGCAAGGGACCAAGGGCGCCUAAGCCAAGCACUCGCCCUCUUCCAAGAAUCCCUUGAUAUCAAAGUCAAGGUCUAUGGCGCUCGCGAGCAUCCCGAUAUUGCAACGACUCUGAGGAAUAUCGGUACUUUGGAAAGGGUCGAUGGUCGUCUGGACGAUGCAUGUGUCUACUUCCAAGAGUCCUUAGACAUUUAUGUCAAGGUCUAUGGUACUCGCGAGCAUCCUGAUGUUGCCGCGACUCUCAACGACAUUGGUGCAACUGUCUAUAAACAAGGACACCUGAAGGAAGCGCUCGCCUUCUACCAAGAGGCACUCGAUAUUCGAGUCAAGAUCCAUGAUACUCGUGACCUUCCUGAUGUUGCCGGAAUCCUCAACAAUAUGGGCGGUGUGGCAAGAGACCAAGGACGCCUGGGCGAUGCACUUGCCUUCUUUCAAGAAUCGCUUGAUAUCAUGGUCAAGAUCUAUGGCACUCGCGAGCAUCCCGAUGUUGCCGGAAUCCUCAACAAUAUGGGUGAGGUAUCAAUAUCCCAAGGACGCCUGAGUGAGGCACGGGUCUUAUUCCAAGAGUCCUUAAACAUUUAUGUCAAGGUUUAUGGCACUCGCGAGCAUCCCAAUGUUGCUGCAACCCUCAGUGGCAUGGCUAGUGUGGCAAACAAGCAAGGACUUUCGAAAAAAGCACUUGCCUUGUACCAAGAGUCCCUUAGUAUCAUGGUUAAGAUUCAUGACACUCGCGAACACCCCAGCAUAGCAAUGAUCCUCAUCGGAAUGGGCAAAGUGGCAAUUGAUGAAGGACGCUUGGGUGAGGCCCUUGCAUUAUACCAAGAAUCCAUCGAUAUCAUGAUCAAAGUCUAUGGUACCCGUGAGCAUCCUGGUAUAGCUUUGACCCUCAGCGACAUGGGUAGUGUGAUGAGUCUUCAAGGUCGCCUAAACGAAGCACGCGCCCUCUACCAAGAGUCCCUGGAUACGACGGUCAAGAUUCAUGGCACUCGCCAGCAUCCCGAUGUUGCCACGAUCCUCAACAACAUGGGUGACGUGGAAAGAUUCCAAGGCCGCCUGGACAAAGCACUUGAUCUCUUCCGAGAGGUGCUCGAGAUCAAUGUAAAGGCUUACGGCACCCGUAAGCAUCCCAGUGUUGCAACGGCUCUCAUCAACACUGGAAUGAUAUUUAUUGACCAGGGACGCCUGAGCGAGGCACUCGCCCUCUUCCAAGAGUCCAUCGACAUCAUAGUCAAGAUCUAUGGCACCCGCGAGCACCCCCUUGUUGCACAGGCCCUCUGUUGCAUAGGAAUUGUGAAAUUUCAACAGGAACGCUUGGACGAAGCGCUCGCCUUCUACCAAGAGUCACUCGAUAUCUCUGUUAAAGUCCACGGCACCCGCGAACAUCCCGAUGUUGCACAGGCCCUCAACAACAUGGGUAGUGUGGCAAGUUCCCAAGGACGAUUGGGCGAUGCACUUGCCUUGUACCAAGAGUCGCUCCAUAUCAUGGUCAAAAUCUAUGGCACCCGCGAACAUCCCGAUGUUGCACAGGCUCUCAACAACAUGGGUAGUGUGGCAAGAUCUCAAGGACGAUUGGGCGAUGCACUUGCCUUGUACCAAGAGUCGCUCCAUAUCAUGGUCAAAAUCUAUGGCACCCGCGAGCAUCCCGAUGUUGCUCGAACCCUCAAAAGCAUUGGUGCAAUGACUGAAUCCCGAGGACUCCUGGACAUUGCCUUCGCCUUGUAUCAAGAGUCACUCGAUAUCACCACCAAGGUCAAUGGCACUCGCCUGCACGCUGAUAUUGUCACGAUCCUGAGCGAUUUGGGAAAUAUUGCCAGCAAACAAGGGCGCCUGGACGAGGCUCUCGCGUUUUACCAAGAGUCUUUCGAUAUUGCUGUUCAUGUUUAUGGCACUCGUCAGCAUCCCGAUGUUGUCAAAACGCUCAGCAGAAUCGAAGAGAUUUCGAAAUUCAAACAUCCUGUUGAUACAACAACCGAACUUGAUCUAUCCUCAACACCCCAGAUGGUCGAUGUCCAAGGCACCAGCACCACCCCUGAUGAAUUCUCAAACCUGAUACAUAAGGGUGGCAUAGCACUUCUACAAGGUCGCUUGGUGAGGGCGUUCACCCUCUAUCAUGAUUCACUCGAUAACGCUUCCAGGAUCCAUGGUACACGCCAACAUCCUGAUGUUGCCAAAUCCCUCGAAUUCAUGAGUCUGGCAGCAAGGUCCCAAGGACACCUUGAGGAAGCUUUGGCUUACCUCAAAGAAUCCCUUGACAUCAAGAUCAAGGUCCAUGGUACCAACCAGCGUGAAGAUAUUGCAUGGAUGCUCCACCAGAUGGUCUAUUUAUCGAGAGUAUUGGGUCACACAACCCAGGCUCUCCAAUAUGCCAAUCAAUGUCUUGAUAUUUACCUCAAACUCUAUGGUACCCGUGAGCACUCCUCGGUGGCUGGCAUCCUUGAUGAGUUUGGAUGGAUUCACUUUCUUCAAUCCAACUUCGCCAAAGCACUCGAAUACCACACAGAGGCCCUCGAUAUUGUCACGAGAAUCUCAAACGAUCCAACAAGAGCUCAAGAGGCCGAAUUCCUCGUUGGCUGUGGUGUAGACCUGAUCCAACUCGGCCAGCUCGACGAUGCCCAAUCCAAACUCGAGAAAUCACUCGAGCUUCUCAGAACCAUCCACUCCACGACCGAUAAUGCCUCUGUUGCCCAUGCACUGUGUUGGCUUGGCGAUCUUCGUCGACUCCAAGGAAACGGCGACGAUGCCCUCAUCCUCUAUAACGAUGCCAUGUAUAUGGUGAAGCGACUGUCACGACCUUCAAACCCAAUAAUCAUUCCUCAAGCUCUCCAUGGCGUUGCAAUCAUCCAAAGAUCCAGGAAGCAGUUUGAUGCUGCUCGGGAUUCCACAACCAAAGCCAUUGAUAUCCUUCUCGAGCGUGCUCUCAAUCAUCCAUACCUUCAGCAGAUGAAAUCCUUCUCUAUCGAACUGGGCAAGGGGAUUGGAUCAAGUGACAGCUCGAGCUAGUGUUGGUUGUUGGGAAGAUGUGGAUCGGCAUAGUGCGGUGACGAUCUAGUAGUGUUGCUGCCGCUUCGCCGACUUGAAUACAUCAGUCGCUACCUCUCA